UCCCUUCGCUUUACUGAUUCCAAACACCAGCCCUCAUCUCCUCCAGUCUCGACUCAGCUUAAUCGGUGCUUCAGGCAGAAGAAACACUUCAUCGUGGGGUAUGGAUCUAAAUGUUGACGAAGUAAUCUCGCGCAUUUCACAAUAUACAGGUCGAAGGGAAAUCAGUCGAUGGAGAGCAUUGGCGGAGGCGUGUCCAUCACUAGCUCUUUUGGCCUACGAACGAGCGCUUCAAGAGAUUGUUCGUUCGACAUGGGACAUCCCACAAUACAAGGUCGUCUUGAAUGCUUACAAUAAGCAUGCCACGGCUAACAAUGCACCUCUUCUCUCGUCGGAUGAAACAUGGCUGCAAGAAACUCAAGCUGAGAUAAGCAGGACGUUCAACAAACUGGAGAUGGAACUUAAAAACUACACAUCCAGCUUGAUCAAGGAAAGCAUCAGGAUCAGCCAUCAAGAUCUAGCUGCACAUCACCGAAAGACAGGUGACACGAACAAUGCCCUGCGAUCGCUUACCAAGGCCAGGGAAUACUGCACGUCCUCGACACAGGUGGCAGAAUUGUCUUUUGCCAUCCUUGAUCUCGCCAUGGAUUCACACAACCACAAAUUGGCGGAAAGUUACAUCAACAAAGCUGAGGGUGCUCUUGAUGCGGCGGCAAGUAAAGAUAACAAGCAGGAUGCUGCAGCUAGGGCCAAAAUCCCUGGCACCCCCGGUUUGUCAUAUCUAGGACAAGGUUGCUACGCCAAGGCAGCUUCAGUUUUCCUCAAAGUUAGCCGCGAGGCUGGACAAUACCCUGACAUGGAUGCGGUAAUAGAUUUAGCUAUCUAUACGGGUUUAUGCGCUUUGGCCACAUUCACUCGCCAAGAAUUGAAGGAGCGAGUGAUUGAAAAUACCGAGUUGCGCGCCCUUCUCGAAAACGAACCCCGAUUGAAACGUGUUCUCGUCCUGUUUUGGGAAAACAAACACAAAGAAGUGCUAAAAUUUUUGGAUGAUUGGCAUCCGACUUAUCGAGUGGAUAUCUAUUUAUCCAAUCACAUUCAUACCAUCAUCAAAUUAAUUCAAGAUCGUGCAAUUCUUCAAUACUUCUCCCCUUUCUCGUCGGUAUCUAUUUUCAAAGCCGCAGAGGCAUUCGGAUGUUCUCCCGAUAAACUUUUGGAACGGGUCACCGAAUCUAUCAGUCAAAAAACCCUUCACGCAAAAAUUGACUUGCCGAAUGGUCUUAUACUUGCCCAUGAGGACGAACUUCGAGCAGAUUUGUUCCGGAACGCGAUCGAAUCAGCUGAGCAACUCGAGUAUGAGAGUAAAGCAGCCUUGUUGAGAUUGAUGUUGAUACAAGCUGAUGUGGUGGUGAAAGAUUUACACAAUCCAGACUCCAUACGUGGCGGCAAGUCAAUGAUGACCUCAGGAAUGAAAUGAUAAUUUUCAUUGAUUGUAAGACUUGUAUCUCAUCCUGAGAUCUCACCUAUUUACCAUUAUCAAAUUUUAUUGUACAAUCAAUUGCUCAGGCUUGAUCUCAUACAUGUAGACGCAACCAAAGUUUUAUGGCCAUCUAGAAUUACUCGUGACUUACUCUUGCUGUAAUCUAUGUACUACAUAGGUC